AUGGACCCGCGCGGGGGAGCCCCGGGCCCGACCCCCGGGGACGACUCCCCCGACGGCGUCGCGUCCUCCGCAUCCGCGCCCGACCCCUUCGCGUUCGGCCGCGCGCCCGCGAGCCCACCCGGCGCCGGCGCGGGGGACUCGCCCCCGUCGCGACGGCACCGCACCACCGGACCCGCGGGCCAAACGCACGCGCGUCGAACGCCCUCCUCCGCGUCCGCCAAGAGCUACACCACGCUCCAGGGGACGCCGCACCCCCCCGGGCCACCCACCGGCGGGCCACCCACCGGCGGGCCACCCGCCGCCGGCGGCAGCCACGUCACCCUGCGCGGCACCCCGCUCCCGCCGACGCACACCCCGGGCGCCAAUCGAGGCGCGCCAUCGUGGGCGUGGCUCCCGAAGGACGGCGAGGUGUUCGCCGCGGCGGACCCGGGAACGUGCCGCCCGAUGAUGUGCGACCCGAUCGUCGACGAAUCGAUGCGUUCGCCCGGGGUCAUCGAACCCCUGCACGUCAUGGAGGACGGCGAGUUGGGGUUCGGCGACGAGCCGCACGCGCCGUAUCGACUCCCCGGAGACGAGGCUGGACCGGGAUUGGGAGGCGCGGGAGGAUCAUCGGGCGCGGGGUCGUCGUCGUCGCUCGCCGUGCCCGUGCUGAAGGACUCGACGCGUCACGCGUUCGAGGCGAGGCUGCGCGCGGACUGGGUGGGAAGCAGGAGGGUGAGCUUCGGCGAGGCGACGCACGAGUUUUCCUUUGCGACGCCCGACGUUGCCGGAUUGGAACGAAUAGGCGAAGUCGGCGGCGGCGGCUUCGGGUCGCCCUUUGGCCAAAUAGGUCAGACGCCGAACACCGCCUCCACCGGCGGGUCGUCCUCGAGCGCGAUCUCGAUCUCGAGCGAGGGGUCGUCGCCCACUGUCGGGGGUGACGCGGCGGUGGCCGCCAGGGCGUUGGGCUGCGUGGGUCUGGUGUCGGUGUUUACGGGCAAGUACCUGCAGGCGCGGCGCAAGCGCCCGCACCGUCUGCAGUUCUACUCCGAUAAGAGGGGGGUGUACGAGAUGUGGGAGGUGAUUGGCGGUGCGAGGUCGAAGCUGGGCCGGUGGCGCGCGUGGGGAGCGGCGCUCGGGGUCGACGCCCUCGAAGACGGUAACGCCGAGACGACGACGGGUUCAACGUCCGUCGGCUCGGCUUCGGCGUCUGUCGGCUCAAACCCCCGUUCGCGGUUCAUGGGCGACGACGAGAUGCGCGCGUCUCUCGCGGACCUGUUCGACCUCCCACACGUCGCUCUCGAGUCGCUCGAGUCGCGGGACGUGUGCAUCGUCCGGUCCAAGCAGUCGCCGCGGAGGUGCCUGCUCCUGGUGAGGCUCACCCUGCCGAGCGGCGAGCCCGUCGUGAGCCACUCGCCGAGCCGAGCCGAACCGGACUCCCGCCUGGGUUCGCUAUCGCGCCGAUCUCUCUUCUCUCGCGGGACCACCCCAACGCCGCGCCUGUCCGAGGGGAGCAUAAGCUUCACGGUGCAGAGACCGGGCGGAGAUGACUCGCCGUCGGAGGUUAGAUCGAGACGAACGAGUCGGACGCUCGAGUCCCCGGUCCGUUCCGGAUCCGUCUCCGGCCGCGAGAGCCAGGGCGAGGUGACCGCCUCGUUGGACGCCCUGGACGUGAUGUCGCUGAGCAAUAAACUCCUCGCCGGGUUCGCCAGGGGCCGAGUGGAGACGCGGCGGUCGCAGAGGCAGGCGUAUUUCGCGUGGAGGGCUCACGUUCGCGAGGUGAACAGGUUGCGAGCUCGCGCCGAGAUGGUGGGUUUGCUCUACGAAAAAAAGUGGCGGCAGCGGCUCGUGACCGCGUGGGAGCGCCGGACCUCGGAGCUUCGCGCCAAGCGACGGAACCAGGAGCGGAUGUGCCUGAGGGUGCGCCAGUGGCGCGCGCGGUGGCACUGGCGGCGGUGCACGCUGGGCUUUGUUCGCUGGCGACGGAUGGCUAGAAAAUCAGCCGCCGGGGGAGAGUUGCUCGAGCGAUGGGCGCGACGGUGGUUAAACUCAGCCGCCGCCAGGUGCGUCGCGCGGUGGCGCGCGCACGUCGCGGACGUCGCGCGGAUGCGAACCGCCGCGCGACGCGUCGUCCGUCGCAUGCGCGCCGUCAAACUAUCCACCGCGUUUGACCGAUGGUUUGAACGCGCGACGAACGCGAAACUAGCGCGGGCCAAGAUCCGUUCGGCGCUCGCGGCUGCGGGUAAAACGACGACGCGCGGGGCGUUCCGUCGGUGGGCACACGUCGCGGCGGACGCGAGGCGCGGGGCGCGCGACGCGAGGCGCGCGGAGGUUCUCUUCGAGCGGCGGCGGCGGGCGUUCAAGGCUGACGCGUUUUUCGCGUGGACGACGUAUAGAUUCGAGAAGGUCAGGGCGCGGUAUAGGUUCGAGAAGGUCAGCGCGCGGUGGCGCCGGCUGGAGCGCGCUCGGCCCUUCCGCGCGUGGCGCGAAUCGGCGCGUCGCGUGCGCGAGAUUCGAACGCACCUGCGCGGCACCUACCUGGCGGACCUCGAGCGUCUGAAGCACGCCGCGAAGCGAAGGGGGUUCGCGUGGUGGCGGCUGUGGACGACGGCGACGCGCCGAACCAGGCUCGACGCCGAGGCUGUGCAGCGCACGGAGCGCAGAAUUCUCGCGGUGGCGGUCAAUCGUUUGAAGCGGGUCGCCGUCGCCGCCGCGUUUGACACGUGGCGCGACGCGAUUCGCGCGUCGCGCUUGGAGGCGCGGGCGAGGAGGUUUGCGAAUAAGUUAAUUUCGCGGGCGGCGGCGUUUUCGUUUGAAGCGUGGCGAGACUGGGUCGACGAGCGCGCGUUGGCGCGCGAGAAGAUCGCCGUCGCCGUCGCCAGGAUGACCUCAUCGACGCUGACGCGCGCGUUUAACUCGUGGGCGCACGCGACGGAGGCGGCGUGGGCGAGGCGCGUCAAAGGUGAGCGGGCCGAGCGCCUCCUGUCGAAAGUGCUCGACUCGAAAAUGUCUCGCGCGUUUGCAAAGUGGAAAGAGUGCGUCGAGGAUUCCAGAAAGAAGGUCCACUUCCUCUCCGGGCACGAGCGGGCGAGGGCGCUCAAGGCGCAGUGCCGCGCGUUGCGGGUCAUGUCCGCGUGGAAGGGGUACACGAUCCGCAAGGCGAUCGGCCGGUCGACGCGCGAGAUGGCCGACAAGAUGCUCCGAAAGAAACGCAUGGAGGCGUUUCUGAAAAAGUGGCGGCUGGAGGCCAACUGGAAAGACACCGUCGAGCGGCGACGGCUCGUGUCCAUCUGCCGCCGUCGUUCGAGCCGCCGCGAGAUGGGCGCGAGGUUCGCGCGCUGGCGCACGUACAGACGCGCCGAGCAGCGUCAAAGGCUCGCAAUCGCGCGUCUCGUCCACGCUUCGACGUACGCCGCAUUCGCCACGUGGCGAGAUUUCGCGGCGAAUCAACGAGCGUUCCUUCGACGCAUGGAGAAGGUGAUGCGUCGCUGGCUCAGGCUCUCGCUGUCCUACCCGUUCGAGCGUUGGGCGCAGUCGGUGGACGAGCGGCGACGGGUCAGGGUGGUGCUUCAGAAGUGCGCUCGGCGAUUGGCGAACAGGUCCGUCGCCACCGCGUUUUUGACGUGGUCCGAUGCGGUGGCAAAGCGGCGGGAACGGGGCGCCGCGGAGCGACGCGCUUUGAACCUGAUCCGCCGCAUGACCCGCUUGGCCGUCGCGUCCGCGUUCGACGGGUGGUCGGACGCGGUGAGGCGCGCUUCGGCCAAGAGGGAGACGGCGCAUCGGCUGCUGACGCGAUGGCUGAACGCGCACGCCGCGUAUUUUUUUGACACGUGGGCGGCUCACGUACGCGAGAGCCGCUCGCGAAGGGUGGCUCUCAGGAAAACGCUCGCGAGGAUCCGAAACGUCAAACUCAACGCCGCGUGGAUCGCGUGGACGGACGCGGCGCAGGGCUGCAGGAGGGCGCGUCGCGUCGCGCGGAGGCUGCGAAACCUUCGAGGUUCGCGAACUUUGGCGGGGUGGCGCUCCCUCUGCGAGCGACGAAACGCGGCGCGGGCGGUGCUUCGCAGGUGCGAGCGGUUCAUGCACCGCGUGCUCACCGUCCACCUCCGCGUCGCCUUUGUCGCGUGGCUCGACUCGUUCCGUCACAGGCGCCAGGCGAAACGCCUCGCGUACGUCGCGUCGAGGCGGAGCCGAUUCGCGGAGCUCGGAAGGCGAUUCGCUCGAUGGGCCGCGCCGGUUAGGAACAAACGCGGCCUUAACCUUCAGGUGUUGGCGAACGCGAUUCGCAUGCAAAACGCGCGCGCGGUCAAGACGCGGUGCUUUCGCGAGUGGACGCGCGCGGUGGACGAUGGGGCGGUGAGGGGCGAUAAGGCGGCGUCGAUGCGGACGCGGCACGCGGCGAGACGCGCUAUGCGCCGCUGGCGUUUCGUCGCGGCCGCCGGGAAGAUGAACCGGCGCAAGAUGAUGAUCGCGACGCGUCGGUGGGCGGGACGUGUCGUCGUGAAGUGCUUCGCGACGUGGGUCGAAACGUCGCGGGUGCGCCGGCGUUUGCGCAGGUUCCUGGCGAGAUUGAGCGCUUCUCGACUCGCCGCCGGAUUCGACGCCUGGGCCGAAAGCACAAAGCACGCGAAGCGCCAUCGCUAUUCGCUCCAGAAAAUCGUGAACCGGUGGCGGCGCCUACAGCUCGCGGCGCCGUUCGGGGACUGGGUCGACUGGGUCGACGAGGUUCGAAACAACCGCGGAACGAUGACACGGGCGCUGAAGAAAUUUCGACGCUCGGCGCUCUGGGCCGCGAUGUCCACCUGGCGUGAAUCGAUUGGCCACGCGCGCCGCGAGCGCGCCUUGCUCGACCGCGCCGAACGCGUCCUGCGACGACUCGUCCUCCGCGACGCGUCGCGCGCGCUCGUGUCCUGGCGGGAUUUCGUCCGGAGCCGUCGCAGGCUUCGCGCGUUGCUCCGGCGGUGGCGAGCGCGAGACAUGGACGUUGCAUUCCGAACGUGGCGAACGAGAGCGAACGAAAUCGUCGCGCAAAAGUCGGCUCUUCGCGUCGCGGCGCGGCGAAUGCUCCGUCACCGCCAGGCCGCCGCGUUCGCGCGCUGGCUGGACGUCGCCGCGGAGGGCAGGCAUCGCGCGGGGAACCUUCGCAAGAUGGAUACGUUCGUCAGGAGGCUUAAAAGCCGAGUCGCCUCGGCGGCGUUUUUCGCGUGGCUCGAGCGCGCCAUCCAUCUCGCCGCCGCUCGAGCGUCUUUGGAACGCGUCGCGAUCCGGUGGACGCGACUGGCGCUCUCCGUGCCGUUCAACGACUGGGUCGACUGGGUCGAGAAGGUUCAACGCGACCGGUUGAAGGUGAGCAGGUUCCUGCACCGCAUGAAGACGGUGUACUUCGCGAGAGCUUUUUACGCCUGGGUGGACGCGCGGCUCGAGAUGAAGCGCCGGCGGCACGUGAUGUCUCGCGCGGAGAGGUACUUCAGGCGGGCCAACGCCCAGGUGCUCUCCAAGGCUUUCAACACGUGGGCCGAAAACGUCUUCGACAACAGGCGCAGGCGCUACGCGCUCGAGAAGAUCAUCCUCCGUUGGCAGCGACUGCAGCUGUCGGCGCCCUUCAACGACUGGGCCGAUUUGGUCGACGAGGUUCGACGCAACCGGUUGAAGGUGAGCAGGUUCCUGCACCGCAUGCGGACAGUCAAGACUGCCGCGGCGUUCGCUCGAUGGGACGAGAAUCGCGCGGAGAUGAAGCGCCAGAGGCACGUGAUGUCGCGCGCGGAGGGGUACUUCCAGCGAGCUUCGUCGCAAUCAGUCACCAAGGCUUUCAACGCGUGGGCCGAAAACGCGGCGGGGGCAAAACGUCACCGCUACUUGCUUGAGAAGAUCAUCAGCCGAUGGCAGCGCCUGCAGCUCGCGACGCCGUUCCAGCGUUGGGCGGAUCGGGUAGACGAGAUGAGGGGCAGCAGGAACGUCCUUCGCAAGGCGGUACACCGCAUGCGAACGGUCAAGGCGGCUGCGGCGUUUGUGACUUGGCGAGAUAACUGGGCCGAGCUCAGGCGCCAGCGGCACGUGAUGUCGCGAGCCGAAAGAUUCUUUGGCGCGCUCACCCGGCGCUCCGUGCUGCGCGCGUUUAACUCGUGGAUCGACGAGACGCUCGAGCGAAAGCGCCGUCGCGCCGCGCUCGGAAAGAUCGUGAUCAGGUGGCGGCGCCUACAGCUGGCGGCGCCGUUCAACGACUGGGUCGACUGGGUCGAGAAGGUUCAACGCGACCGGUUGAAGGUGAGCAGGUUCCUGCACCGCAUGAAGACGGUGUACUCGGCGAGGGCGUUUUACGCCUGGGUGGACGCGCGGCUCGAGAUGAAGCGCCAGAGGCAUACGAUCCAGAGGGCUUCCAGAUUCUUCCAGAGAGUCGCCAAGUCGGACUACGCGCGCGCGUUUUUCGCUUGGCGGGCCAACGCUUCGGACUUGCGCCGCGCUAAAAAAUCGCUCGCAAGGCUGGUGAGCCGAUGGCGGCGGCUGCACCUCCACUAUCCGUUCCGCGCGUGGCGCGAUUGGCUCGACGAGACCCUGGGCAAUCGCGACGUCUUGCGCCUCGUCGUGCAUCGCAUGUCCAGGUUCGCGCUCUUCGGAGCCUUCUCGCGAUGGAGAGAGCGGAUUGUCGAGACGCGCGAGGUUUCAAUCGCGAAGAGGCGGCGCAACGUCGUCGUCGAAAAGUUUGUCCUUCGGGCCUCGCGACGCGAACUCUCUCGCGCGUUCAACCGCUGGGUGGAGUCGACUCGCGCCGCGAAGCGCGCGCGGCGCUCGCUCCGUAAGGUUUGCGCGCGUUGGCAGCGGCUGCGCCUCUCCGUGCCCUUUGACGAUUGGGUCGAGUGGGCGGAGGAGGUGAAGAGCAACCGGCUGAAAAUUUCGAGGUGCGUCCGCCGCCUUCGCAAGGCGACGGUUCUCGCCGCGUGGGCGCGAUGGAUCGAGUUUACCGGCGAGUCGAGGCGGCAGAGGGUGCUCUUGGCGAGGGCGACGAGGUGCCUGGCGCGACUGGCGAACCGCGUCGCGGCCCGCGCGUUCGCCCGGUGGAGAGACUCUGUCGGCCGAGACUUGAGGCAUCGCGCCGCUCUGCGCAAAAUCGUUAUCAGGUGGCAGCGACUGCAGCUGUCGGCGCCCUUCAACGACUGGGCCGAUUGGGUCGACGAGGUUCAACGCAACCGGUUGAAGGUGAGCAGGUUCCUGCACCGCAUGCGGACAGUCAAGACUGCCGCGGCGUUCGCUCGAUGGGACGAGAAUCGCGCGGAGAUGAAGCGCCAGAGGCACGUGAUGUCGCGCGCGGAGGGGUACUUCCAGCGAGCUUCGUCGCAAUCAGUCACCAAGGCUUUCAACGCGUGGGCCGAAAACGCGGCGGGGGCAAAACGUCACCGCUACUUGCUUGAGAAGAUCAUUAGCCGAUGGCAGCGCCUGCAGCUCGCGACGCCGUUCAGCGACUGGGUCGACUGGGUUGACGAGGUUCAAAGCAACCGGGUCAAGAUAUCCAGGUUCUUGCAACGCAUGCGCACGGCUCUGAUUGCCUCCGCGUUUGCGACUUGGCGUGAUAACUGGGCCGAGCUCAGGCGCCAGCGGCACGUGAUGUCGCGCGCGGAGAGGUACUUCAGGCGGGCCAACGCUCAGGUGCUUUCCAAGGCUUUCAACACGUGGGCCGAAAACGCGGCGGGGGCAAAACGUCACCGCUACUUGCUUGAGAAGAUCAUUAGCCGAUGGCAGCGCCUGCAGCUCGCGACGCCGUUCAGCGACUGGGUCGACUGGGUUGACGAGGUUCAAAGCAACCGGGUCAAGAUAUCCAGGUUCUUGCAACGCAUGCGCACGGCUCUGAUUGCCUCCGCGUUUGCGACUUGGCGUGAUAACUGGGCCGAGCUCAGGCGCCAGCGGCACGUGAUGUCGCGCGCGGAGAGGUACUUCAGGCGGGCCAACGCCCAGGUGCUAUCCAAUGCUUUCAACACGUGGGUGGAGAGCUCCGCCGAUGCAAAGCGCCAUCGCUAUUCGCUCCAGAAAAUCGUGAACCGGUGGCGGCGCCUCCAGCUGGCGGCGCCAUUCGGCGACUGGGUUGACUGGAUCGACGAGGUUCAAAGCAACCGGUUGAAGCUCAUCAAGGCUGUGCACCGAAUGCGCGUCGUCAAGACGGCCGCGGCGUUCGCGACUUGGCGAGAUGACUGGGCCGAGCGUAGGCGGCAAAAGCGCGUGGUUUCGCGCUCCGAGAGGUUUCUCCGGAGAAUCGCGAUGCGUUCGACGGCCGCCGCGUUUAACUCGUGGGUCGCAAACGCCGAAUACGCCAGGUCCCUUCGGCACGGACUCGACAAGGUCAUCCGCCGUUGGCGCAGGCUGCAGCUGUCGUCGCCGUUCGGCGACUGGGUCGAAUGGGUCGCGCGGGUCAACGAGAACCGGACGAUGUUGCGCAGAGUCGUGCACCGCAUGCGCCGCGUCAAAAUCGCCUCAGCCUACGCCGCCUGGAUCGACGCGGUGGACGCGUCGAGAGCUGAGAAUGUCAGGCUCUCCAAGAUGGACCGAGUCGCGCGUCGCAUCGCGAACCGAACCGUCGCGUCCGCGUUCACGGCGCUCUUGGAGAACGCGCGCGAGGUCAAACGUCUGCGACGGUCCGCCGCCGCCGUCGCCAGGCGGUGGCGGCGGCUGGCGCUCUCCAUACCUUUCGACGAUUGGCGCGAAGCCAUCGCGGGGGCGUAUCGAGAACGGCUCGUUCUCGUGCGUUUCGUGCACAGGAUGCGAACCGUCGUCGCCAGCGCCGCGUUCCGACGGUGGCGCGAGUUCCUUCUCGACGGGGCGACGACGAGGGCGAUCGAGCGACGCGCCGAGAUCAUGGCCCGGCGGUGGGCGCAAAAGUCGGCGGCGGCGGCUUUCGCCGGCUGGGUGGACGCAGCCGCCGCCCGCGUCGACGUGCGUCGCGCGCUGGCCAGGCACGUGCGCAAGUGGCGUCGCGCGGACGUUUCCUACCCGUUCGUCACGUGGAGGGAUAACGUCGCCGAGAACCGGCGGAUGAAGGGCUCGAUGGAGCGCGCGAAGCGCUUCUUCGGCGGGCGCAUGCUAAAAAACGCGCGAGCCCGAGCGUUUCAGACGUGGAAGCUCCACUACACCUUCGUGUGUCGCGUGCGCGAAGCCGAGGACAGGGAGGAGACGGAGACUCGGCGUAAGAACCAGGCGCGCGUCAGGGCGCAGCGCAUGGUCCGGCGCUGGACGCUUCGAACGAUCGCGGCGGCGCUCGACGCGUGGGCGGCGUUCACCCGCGAGCGUCGCCGGCUGAAGGCUUCGAUCAAAAAAGCGACGACGCGGUGGCGGCUGCUACACGUGUCGGUCUCGUUUCACGAUUGGGCGUCGUACGUGGAGGACAUGCGGCGGGAGAGGCUGGCGCUUCGCGAGUCGGCGCGGCGCAUGGUGCGGUUCCAGCUCCUCGCGCCGUUCCAGCGAUGGAGGGACGCGGCGUACGUUCGGAGGUGCGAGCGCGGCGCGGUUCUUCGAGCCGAACGUUUCUUCACCCGCCUGCUCCGCGCCGACGUUCUUCGCGCGUUCAACGCGUGGCGCGGCCACUGGCACCACGCGCGUCGCGUUCGUCUCGAGCUCGGCCGCGCGGUGGCGAGGUGGCGCCGCGCCGCACUCGCCGCCGCGUUUGAGCGCUGGCGCGUCUAUCGCGACGUAUGCGAAACUAACCGCGCGAUUUUGCGAAGGGCGGGCGCUAGGCUCCGGAGCCACCGCCUGGGUCCAGCGUUUGACACGUGGCACGCGGGUUGGCUCGAAGGUCGACGCGCCGCCGCCGCGCGGGGACGCGCGGCGAGGUUCGCGCUUCGCCUGGCGCGCGCGACGCUGGCGCGGGCGUUCCGAGCCUUCGUGGCUCACGCCGCGGAGCGCCGGCGGCUGUUCGCCGCGCUUGGUGCCGUCGCGAAAAGAUGGAGGUCACGAACGGCGUCCGCCGCGUUCCAAACCUGGUCGGAUCGCACCUCGGAGGCUGCUUCGCACCGAGCGACGGUGGCCAAGAUCGCGCGUCGUAUGUCCCGCGUGCGUCUCGCCGCCGCGGUGGCGAAGUGGCGCGACGAGGUGUCGUUCGGUCAUGACGUGUGGGCGAAGGAAAAAUUGGCGAUGCGAGCGCUUCGACGAAUGGCGCGGCGCCAGCUGGCGGCCGCGUUCGACCGACUCCGCGCCAACCGCGAGGACGCCAGGCGUUUGCGCGAGUUACUCGCGCGUUGCCGCGCGCGGUGGGGUAACCGCGCGGCGUCCGCCGCGUUUGACGCGUGGAGGCUCGAAACGGAUAAAAAAACGCUCGAGCGCAAGACGCUUCGCAAGGCGGUGCACCGCAUGCGCACCGUCCGCGUGGCUCGAUCGUUUGCCACGUGGCGCGACACGUGGCGCGACACACGCGCGCUCGCUCGCGCGUGGGAGAGGUGCGAGAGGGCGUUUAAGCGCCGCGCUGUGGCCAAGGUUCGCGCCGCGCUCAACGCGUGGUACCUGUUCGGCGCCAAGGCUCGGCGGCUGACGCUUCAGCGGCAGGCUGACGAGCUCAUGUUCCUGCAGGGCUCGUUGGGGUCCGAGCGGCACCAGAAAGAGAAGGCGUCGCAGGAACUUCACCGCGCGAGGCGCGAGACGGAGGGCCUCGUCGUUCUCGUCGAGCGGCUGCAGCGCGAGACGGGCGUGCUCCUCGACCAGGUUGCCGAGCGCGACGCGCAGAUAUCGCGUUUGCUCGAGGAGAGGGACCGAUCGUCGGUUGCGACAUUCUCGCGCCCGCACGAUCGGGUCAGCGCCGUGCUCGCCUCGCCGCCGCGGCGGCGGAAGACCCCGCCGCGGCCGCCCGCCGCCGAGCCCGCGCCGACGAGCAUCGAGAUCCGGGAAGAGCCCGUCGCGGAGAGUCCGGAGAGUCCGGAGAGUCCGGCGACUCCGGAGAGUCCCGAGCGGUCCGACUCUGACGAGGAGGACGUGACCCGCGAACUCUUCCCCGCGGACGACGCCACCCCGCCGCCUUCGAGACCCAGCCGCACCCCGCCGCCGCCGUCGCCGCCACGCGCCUCCGACCGGCGCUCGAGCGGCGGCGGCGGCGGCGAGGGGACCGGAACAGAGAGGACUUCGAAGCGCACCGCCCAAACUUCGCACUCUCUUUUAACGUCACACCCGUCGCACGACCCGGGACAUUACGCCUCGUACGCGGCGAAUUGGGCCUCCGGUCGACGGUCCACGACGGUCGACGACCUCUCCGUUCGUCUCUUCGCCCGCGUCCGUCCGUUCGUGGACGGCGACGUCGACGUCACGCGAUCGCUUCGGCCCUCGCGUCCGGGCGCGAGCGACCUCGACGUGGUGACGCGCCGGGGCGAGGUUCCCUUUCGAGAGACGUUUCAAUUCGACGGGGGGGUAUUUUGGGAGGAUGACGACGACGUCUUACCGGCGACGACCGCGGCGGCGUGGUUAGCCGACGCGACUCGACGCGGCCGCGACGCCACGAUGCUCGUCGUGGGAUCGGAUAAGGGCGGUAAGACGCACGUGUCGGACGCCGUCGUCGCGGCGGCGGCGGCGUUUCUGGACUUGCACGCCUUCAGGGUGAACGAACGCGCGGCGGCCGAGGCGGAAAAGGGGAGCCCGCGAGGGGAAAAGGGGAGGGCGAAAAGAGGGUCGGAGUCGGCUACGGGGUCGGCUUCGGGGUCGGGGUCGGGGUCGGGGUCGGUGGGAGUCGAGUCGAUCGUCGAGACCGGGCUGUCGAUUUCCGUGUACCAGACCAGGGGUCUACACGCGGACGACUUGCUCGCCGGGUUCGGCGGCGCCGCCGGCUUGCGAGUCAAACCCGGGCCCGAGUACGCGGAGGGUGUCGGACAAACUGUCGGACAAACCGGGACGGACGAACCGGGGUGGAACACGCAGACCGGGGGUGGUUUGCUCUACGAAGUCGAGGAGUUGACGCGCGUGGAUUGCGCGGACCUUCGCGACGUCCGGGAGACGCUCGCGCUGGCUCGCGCUCGUCGCGACGGGAAAAACGGUUUGAAACGGUCGGCGGGUCCGUCUGAAACGGCCGCCGCGACCGUCUCGGAGCUCUGGAUCACCACGACGGAGACGCGAGUGUUAAACCGCGGUCACGGAUUAAACCGCGACGACGGCUUCGGCGACGAGAUGCGGCGAACGGUGCACCGACGAUGCGCCCGCGUCGUCGACGUCGGCGGCGGAGACGGCGUAACGUCGUCCACCCCGCUGUUCAACCUCGGCCAGCUCGUGAGAGGCGUUACGGGCGUUACGGGCGUUACCGGUAACGCCCCCGACUGGCGCCGUUCCGCGCUGACCAAGAUCAUGAAGGGGCCUCUGACGGGGACGGGGACGCUGAGCGUUUUGGUGGCGACGGCGGCGUCGGAGGCGCACGCGGCGGAUGCGCUCGGCGCCCUCAGACUGGCGGCUGCGGCGAAACGGCUGCCGGGCCGCGGGCCGGGCGUUACGGGCGUUACGGGCGUUACCGGGCCGGCCGGCGGCAUGGCGGUGCGCAAGGUGGUGGAGCGUCCCGCGCUUUCCAGGCGGGAGAGGCUGGAGCGGACCCUGGAGCUGGCGCGGUCUACGGCGAGGGCGACGGUGUUGUCGGAGGGUUUGGGGGAGAUGACGACGCCGCCGGGCCGGCGGAGCGCGGCGGAGCGACGGGCGCGGGAGAUGAGCAUGGACGUUCAGCUCACCCCGGAGCACGUCAGGUUCGGUCUGAGCCCGACGCAGGGAGACGCGCGGACGCCGGGACGAUCGUUUCGUCCGGGGCCGAGGUCCGCGUCCAAACGAGGUCCGCGUCCAAACGAUGACUCAGACGGAGAGGAGGGAAAAAACCGAAAACGAGAAUGA